AUGCACGUCCUCGGCAACAUCGGCCACAGCUUCAGCCAGCGGCGAAAGACACACAAGCCCAAGGACCUGCACAUCCGCAAGGUCUCCUUCUCCGGCAGCUCGCUGUCCUCGUCGCCGUCCACAUCCUCCACAUGCUCCACGUCGUCGGCCUCGACGGCACGCGCGCUCUCGUCAGCCAGAACGCCCACGACGGGCAGCACAUCGCCGGGCUUCGGCCCCCUCAGCGCGCACCCAACCUUCCACCCGCCGCCGCGGCUGCACGACCGGCCGCUCAUCAGCCCCGAGCGGUGCGCCCACGCGCCGGCCUCGACCUUUUUCGACGACUCUACCGACGACGAGGACUUUGACGGCGGCGACUACACCGUCGUCGGCAAGGCACAGGCACUGCACUUCUCGCACACCACCGAGACGACGCUGCUGCCGCCCUCGCCGCCCCCGGAGCACGACGAUGCUCCCGUCUUCGGUGACGCCCAGGACUACUUUACGCUGCAGCUGGCCUCGCGGCGGCCGCCUAUGCCGCGCUCGCGCUGGUCCGACUCGACCAUCCAGACGCUGGACCUGGACCUGGACCGGGACCUCUCGUCGGUGGACGACCUCGACCUCGACGAGACGCCGGGCUCCGACGCCCCCGUGCCGCUGGACGUGCCCAACUUUAGCCACAAGCGCAGCGUGUCCACGCCCAAGAGGCCGCCUAUGCGGUCGCUCGAUAGCCUCGAGGACCUGAUGAAGCGGAGUGGCUGGAAGCGGCGCGGCGUGGUGUUUAACGAGACUGAGGGAGAGGGAGAGGGCGAGGCCGAGACGGUGGCCGACUUGUAA